UGGGGAAAGGGAGGAAAGGUGGGUAUGGAGGAAAAAGGUAGAUACGGAGAAGAAGGUAGGCAUGGGAGAAAAGAGAUGGCAAGAGGAAGAAAGAAGCCAUGCUGGAAGAAGGUACAUGGUUCGGGUCCGAGCCGUGGUGAUGGCCCGAGAUGACUCCAGUGGGGGCUGGCUGCCUGUGGGGGGCGGGGGCCUCAGCCAGGUGAGCGUAUGUCGGGUCCGAGGGGCCAGGCCCGAGGGGGGGGCCCGCCAGGGGCACUACGUCAUCCACGGGGAGCGCCUCCGGGACCAGAAAGUGAGCCACCCUGGGGCGUGGGGGUAGGGUGCGGGUGUGGGGAAGUAGGGGAAUGGGACUGGGGAUGUAGAGGUGA